UGACCUGUUUGGCCGGUUCCCUCACUCUCUCAAAUUCACACUGUCACUCUUCUCUCCUCAAUUUCUCACCAAUUAACCUUAAUUUAUUUUCCAUUUGAGAGCCCAAAUUUUUUCCCUAUAUCGAUCUACUCCAAAAUCGCCGUAAGCCAUAGAUUUUUUUUUUCUCUGUAGAAUUUGUCUGGGGAAAAUGAAUUCUCAUUUUCUGCUGAAGAAUCGUGUAUUUCCCUAUUUUAUUUCCUCAUUUUCUUGAGCUUCCAAGGGAUUAGAUUAUCCAUCUGCUCCAGAGAAACCCGCAUGAUAAAGCUCGGGUAUCUGAGGCGUUUUCUGUAUUUCUCAUGGAGUCGAAUCCCGUGAUUUUUUAUAUCAGCUCUGAUGAGGAGCCGGCAUUUGAUGAGCCCAGAGGCGGCGACGAUGACCAUGAUUGGUUGACUGAACUCCUUGAGACCGUCGAUAAAGAAACCGUUGACUCCGAUGAGGUUCUUGUAGUGGGCGAGUAUAAUCCGCCGAAGCCCAAGUCAAAGUCUAAGUCAUCGAAACCGGUGAAAGAUGUUGACGAUGAUGAUUGUAUGGUUUUGGAUGGCGACCCAGAUAAGCCAGUGAAUGUCGUUGAUGAUGCGGCCAGCGAUGGCGAUGUUCUUGUCGUUGGACAAAAGGGACAGAUUGCAUGCAGAGACUAUCCUCAUCCACGGCAUCUUUGUGCUAAAUUUCCUUUCAGUUCAACCCCACAUGAAAGACACUGUGAUUUGUGCCACUGCUAUGUCUGUGACUCAAUUGCGCCAUGUGUGCACUGGGGUACAGGUGUCUCCAAUGUUGACCAUUGUCAUGCCACUGAUAAACAGGAUAUAUGGAAAAAUCAGCGGGUAAUUUUCCGGCUAGGGAAAAAUGCAUCAGUACCAGUUUUGAAACUUCCUAGUGCUCAGCUUCCUGUGGCAGUACCCCAACUUAACCAAGUUGCACCCCUUGAUAUUAUACAAUUGCCACCCAACGUAGUGACACAAAAUCAGCUCUCCAGGCCUACAGCAAUUCGUGCUUGCUCCACUGUGAGGUCGAGUGUUCCAAAUAUUAUAAGCCAGAGUAGAAACAGACAACCAGGGUGUGCUCAGGGUAGAAAUACACUUGUGCCUCGUUCUGUUUCACAGAAAGCAGUCAGUAUACAUAAUACUGCCAUUCUACAAGAUAGAGACCAACAAUUUGUCUCCUCUGAUACAAUGUUUAAAAGGCCAGGAAUCAUCAGGGGUGCUUUUGCGGUGAACCAAUCUAUGUAUGGCGCUGUGAACAACAUGAAUUGUGCUCCUGCAUCACAUUAUACUAGGAAUGCUGUUUCACUGGCCAAAACAAAUGCUAAAAAUCCUUCUGGUUGGCAGGAUGCUCUACCAAACAUGAUUUCAGACUCAUAUGCUUUUCCAGCCCCCUCCCAGCCCAACAUGGGCAGUGUCACGUUAAACACAAUGGCUUCUCAACCUGAAGUGUACAGUCAGCCUAUUGUGCAGUCAAGUGAUGGCCAAAACAUAUAUCAGAAUCAAAGUCAAAAUUUUGUUGAUUCAGGUUUUCCUGAUUUUGACUAUGAUUGGAUUAGCAAUUUGAGUGAAAGCAGUCACCAAGUUUCAGCUGAAAAUCUUAAUCCUCAUGGCACAGGGUCCAACAAUGAGCCCACAACUGUCGAGCAGUUUAGUUCCCAGUUUGCUGAAAGCACUGAUCUACACAAGGAUCAUGAUUAUGAGAGCUGGUUUUUUGGUCAAUCUGAUGCGGUCAUCUCAGAAGGUUGUGGGCCUGGUGAUCUGAACGCAUUUUCUCCUGAGCUUUCUGCUUUUGAUGCAGGCAUGCUUUGUUUUGAUUUUGAAACCUCUUUGAAUGGUCUGGCACCUGUGUAACCUCAAUUGCUAAUUGUGCUUAUUGAAGAGUAUUGAAGCUGGUUAAUUCUGCAGCCCUUUACAAUUGGACAAAAUAAUUGCUAUCGGGAACUGAAAACAAGGGAGCUUUAAAAGUGUACAAUCAUUUAGACUACCAAGUAUACGAAUUAUCAUGGGACAAAUGAUUUUGUACAGAUGAUGGCUGUUACUUUAGUCUUAUAUUUUAUGGAUCCCGUGGUUAUGUUGUCGGUCA